CUUCAGAGAGUGGAACCUUCACGAGAUCAUUGACAUCAAAGUCAAAGGUCACAUCGUGCACACCAGGGCUCAGCGAUGUCAGUCAGCGCCCUUUUGCAAAGAGAACCGAGAUAAAACAUGGAUUUUUUGUGAAGGAGGAAUAAAAGCUACUUUUUGUUUUCAAGGAAAAAGUGUGUACACUGUCUCAAAAAUUAAAAAAAAAAAAAAAAUAAAGAUCUAUAGUCGAACAUACGAAAAUAAGUUUGCAGCGGAUAUUUGAAUUUAAUAGUUUUUGUGCAUAAUCUGGGAAACGUGCAAAAAUAAAUGAUGGCUCUUUACUUGUGUUGUGGUGUGAGGCUUUGCAAACAUUACUAGACUCAUUAGUAAUCUGCUCGCGAAGAAAUACUUUAUUUGUCAGCAAAGACGAAACUGGUGAAAGAAGACUUCUCUGUCCCCUACAAACAACUACAAUCCUCUCAGAAUUCCGAGAACUCGCAGCCAUGGCCAUUAGACUGACAGUCUCUGGACUUUUCAUUGUAGUUUUCUUUCUAACGGUUCUGAAUUUUUCACAAGCAGACUACAGUAGACGCUUAGUGAGAAACACUUCUGCCAAGCUGCCAUGCACGACAUCUACUGGUGUUGAGUGGGUCAGAACACCUGGAAACUGUUCCAAGUACCUGGUCUGCGGGUUUGGGAUUCCCAUGGCAACCUUAGGCUGUCCAAAUUCGUUGGUUUGGUCCCUUCAGGCGAAGAACUGUGUGCAGCGGGGGUCCCGCUGGGACGACUGCUUGCAAGUGUCUGAAAAGGAGGAGGAGGGGGAAUUGAAAGAAGAGACACAAGGCAAAGAAGCAGACAUUAGCGAUGACGGAGCGACGACAGAUGACACCGUUGAUAAAGAAGAGGUGAGCGACAAUGAAUGGAGUCUCGUGAAUAACCGCAACGACGAUGAAGGCUUCGGAACAGAGGAGGGAAACAGUCUGCCAGUCGAUGACGAAAAAGGAUUGGAAGAGAGUCACGUGGACAGCGAGCGCAUUGAAUCAGAAGGCAGCCAACAAUCCACAGGAGAGGACGUCAGCGAGUCUCACGAGAAAACUCGUGAAGACACGAGAUGGGAUCAAGACGACAAUGCCUCCGCUGCCGACGACGACGUGGUCUGGGAAUCCUCAACGACAGCAACGAUGACAUCCGCGCCUUCACAACGAGGCUUGACCGAGGGGAGCGGUCACCUAUCGCCGAGACCAUCCGCGGUGUCAGGUGGAUCUUGGUGGUUAACGGCACCAACCAGUGCCGCCCCCACGACUUACAAAUCCCCCUUUCAACGGUGGCACACGACCAGACGUCGAACAAUCAUCGCAAAUGACGACGACCUCGACCAAAAUCGUCGACGCGACAACAACCACGUAAGAAGCGAAAAUGACUACGACGAGUCGGUAUGGUGGCAUCCAAGGUGGACCUCUGCGCCCACGCAGUCGACUACCCGUCGGCCGUGGUGGUCAGACGAAGAAAACCAGAUUCCAUGGUUGACGCAGUCUGAGCGGCCGGACUGGUGGCCUAGGCAUGAUGACAUCACUGAUGCUACCACCGAGACCACCCUCUCCACCACAGCAGCUAGCGCUACCACUACCCCAUCAUCGGACUCAUCUGUGACGUCCUCCAGCGUCGACGACCAUCCAGCAUCCGCUUCGCCCACCGUUAUUACGUGGCCGCCGCCGUCAGAGGUCGCUGAUGAUGAUGACAGCGAGACUGACCUGAUCUGGCGGGAAAUGACGUCACGGACUUACCCGGAAGAAUCAUGGCUGUCCACUAAGGCUUAUCCAGAGGAUGAGAAGUGGUGGGAGUCGGAAGAGGUACCAUCGUUUUAUCCAGAGUGCGGGGUCGCGGUUACAAACCUCAUCGUAGGAGGGUUGCCUGCCUCACAAGGACGCUGGCCAUGGGUUGUCUCCCUGCGCUUGACGUGGGCUCGGCGCCAUGUUUGUGGCGGGACGCUCGUCCACCCGCAGUGGAUCAUCACGGCAGCACACUGUGUGUUUGGGUCGCAGUUCGAGGAGGCGACGGACUGGAGGGCGGUGUUCGGGAACGUGCAGCCCACCCUGACAGCUGAUGUCAAACUGCAGCGAAAAAUUGACCUCAUCAUUCGGCAUCCAGAGUUUGUCAACAGCGGAAACUACCCUAACGACAUCGCCAUGAUGCGUCUGGAGAAACCAGUGGACGUUUCCGGUUUUCAAAUUCGACAUGCUUGUCUCCCUUCUCGCAGCAAGCCCUUUACAUCUGAAAGCAAAUGUUGGAUUAUGGGCUGGGGCGAGACUAAGGGUUAUGAAGAGCAGUCGGUCCUGCAGGAACUGGAAGUCAAGAUCCGGAGAAACCACGCAUGCGCAGCUCGCUGGGGCUGGAAACGCAUCCUCAACUCUCACGUCUGCGUCGGGAACGGAGAUGAAGGCGCCUGCAAUGGCGACUCCGGAGGACCGUUGGUGUGUCUACGUGAUGGCUACUACUACGUGGUGGGCGUGACGUCAUGGGGUGUCAGCGGUUGCCAGACAACAGGAUAUCCUAGCGUGUUCGCCAGAGUCUCUUAUUAUGAAAAGUGGAUUUUGGACGCGAUACACACCUACUCUACCGUGGAUUUUACUUUACGACAUAAAAGUUCGUAGAGACUUAGGUUAAGUAAUCAAAGUGCUUGUGAUAUAUAUAUUUAUUUUUGAAAUAUUGAUGGGCUUUUUUGCUAUAAAUAACUGUGAUUUUCGUA